AUUGUGAUAAAAACAGAUUAACGUGUUAGAUAAUUUUACAAUAGUUUUUAAUGGAUCUUAUUUCAUUUUUAGGAUCCUAUUUUUACUGUUGAAGUUAUUACGAGUCGUACGUUUUUUACUAUUUAACUUUUACCGGUAUUAAUAAUCAAAUGCAAUAAGUUCAUUAUACUAGUAAAUUAGAUGAGAUUACUACAAGUAUGAGAAUUAUUAAAAUGGAUCAUCAGCAUAUUUUAAAAUCAUCGAUACAUGAAUCUCUUAAAGUUUCGUGUGUAGAAUAUUCAGUGGAAAAACUAAAAAAAAUUGUGAACACUGAUUUGUUUGCUCUAUUUACUACGUUAACAUUAACUGUGUACUCAAUCAUAAUUAAUAAAACUUUAAUAAGCAUUAGUUUUAUAUUGUAUUCAUCAGUAUUGCUUCUACAACUAGUACGAAUUUGUUGUAUGAUCCAUAGUGAGUCAUUACUUAUAACAGCACCAAUUGGACUUCAAUUGACUACAACAUAUGUGACUGGGCGACAAAUGGUACUAUCAUUACCUUGGAAUUGUAUUAAAGAUAUAUUAAUAGUAGAUUUAAUUCAUAGACAACAAGUUUUAUUUUACUUGGCUGUUCAAACAUCUCAGAACGGUUUGAUAAUACUAUUCCAAAAAAGUAAACCUAGAUUACACAUACUAGAAAUAAUUUAUAGGGAUACACAUAAACUGAUUGAAAAUAAUAGAAAGAAGCUAUAAUAAUUUUUAUAAGUUAAAGUACUAUUUAUUUUUCAACAUUGUAAAAAUUAUCAUAUGUCCAUUUUGGAAAUACACGCUUAUAUAAAUUCAUGCAAACUAUAUCUUGUGAUUUCACUUGUCCAUCAAAUCCACAUUUCAUAUGACCGUGAGUACCUAUAAAUGAAUAUGUUAAAAAUGUAUAUAUUUUUAUAAAAUGAAAUAAAAUUUUAACAAACAAA